UCGUCACUCGUCACAUGACCAGCGUUCUGCCUGUACAGUAGGCCCUAUUUGACAGUGCCCACUAGUUUAGUGAAGUGCAGUGUGCGAGGAUUGAUUCUUCGCUGAGAACGGCCACCCGUGUUUCGACAACCUGUAAAUACUCUUCUCGUGUAACGAAAGAAAAAAAGAGAAAGAGAUAACGGAAUAAUAAAAGAAACGAAAACUCUCGAGGGAUUUCGCCGAUCGAAUUUUUAGAAUCUUCUAAAGGAAAAAGCCAAAAAAACUCAUACAAAAAUGAAUACCCCACUGCCAGAGACAAAUCCCAUUUACGGGCCAUUCUUUGGAGUUAUGGGCGCCGCCUCAGCUAUUAUUUUCUCCGCUCUCGGAGCGGCGUAUGGCACGGCAAAAUCGGGCACCGGUAUCGCAGCGAUGUCUGUGAUGAGGCCGGAGCUUAUCAUGAAAUCCAUCAUUCCCGUUAUUAUGGCGGGUAUUAUCGCCAUUUAUGGUUUAGUCGUGGCGGUCCUUGUCGCGGCAGCGCUCGAAGAGCCCCAAAAAUAUUCUCUGUACAAGGGAUUCGUGCAUUUGGGUGCUGGCCUGGCGGUCGGUUUUUGCGGGCUUGCAGCCGGCUUCGCGAUUGGUAUCGUCGGCGACGCGGGUGUGAGAGGAACAGCCCAGCAGCCACGUCUCUUCGUGGGUAUGAUCCUCAUUCUCAUUUUCGCAGAAGUAUUGGGUCUGUACGGUCUUAUCGUCGCGAUCUAUCUCUACGCCAAGUAAACAUCAUUCUCAUCAGUAUUGGGGCAGGAACCUGAGUCUUGUCGCCUGCCUCGUCUGCGGAUAAAAAAAAAAGAAGCAACAACAAAGUAUAAGAAGAAAAAGAAAAGAAAUUAAGACCCAACAAAGCUCCCCCUCAACUAAUAAAUAUUACAACAUGUUUCGACGUUUUACUUAACCACAUCGCAUUAUACAAACGUACAUAUACCCACAUCAGUUCAUUUCAGCAUAUACCUCUGUAAUAAUAUUUUGCGUCAAGUGUGAAAGAACGAUACAAACGAGAGAUUUUCGUCGAAAGCAGCUGUUCUGGCGAUGCUGAUUCAUGCAAAAAAAAACGGAAUAAAAAUGCGAAGAAUCCAAGUUUUUAAAAUACCGUGAGCAUGAGAAAUAUUGAAGUAAUGUGCCGGGAGACUUGGACGAGAGACGGACGAGACGCGACGACAUUUAACAGAAGUACGAGCCACAAGAGAGGCUGAUCAACGAUACGAAACGUGUACGUGUAUAUACGUAUAACUUCAACGUGUAAACGAGGGAGGAAUAAAACAGAUCUAAAGCCUACAUUAAGCAAAAAAGCAACAAAUAUUUAAUUGAGAAAAAUAGAGAAAAAAAGCCAGUAUAUGCAAGUCCAAAAUCUCACGGAAAGGCAAACAGAGGGGAAAACUUACGUUCGAGAUAGAGAAGAUGUAAGCGAGGGCGACGAGAAGCACACACACACACACACACCCUUGACCCUAAAAAUUAUACCGAGAGCGAGGGGGGGGGGGGGGGGGGGGGCAGGGGAGAACGAAAUAAAACUGAACCGCAAAAAUAAACCCAACAAACCAGAAAACCUUUAUCUUUCAUUGUAUAGUAAUCAUUGAUAGGUAUAGUUUGACAUGAAUUAUUAAUUAAAUUAAUCGGCUCUACUCAGUGUAUAAAGACGGAAAAACCGAAGAAAACAAACCAACAAACGUUAUGAAAAACGACAACAUAAAAAAAUAAUUUAAAAAAAAGAAUGGUUAUCAAUUAAUGAAUAAUUUAGCACAAUUAUAUAUGCGGAUGAGAAUAAAUGGAAACCGGCGUAACGGCGUAUCGAAAAUCUCCUCUUUGUGCUCGCGCGCCGUGUGUACGAAAGGUUUUUAGGUGCAUCGCGCGAUAAUGAAAUAAGAAAAGGAGAAAAAAAUUUUGACACUAAAGAAGAAUGGUAAAUGAUUGAAAAUAACGUGCUAUCGCAAAUCGAACAGCAGUACCAGACGCAUCACCUUAACGUAACGAACUGCAUACAAUCGAAAGUUAUUACUAUAUGAAUAAUCCAUAAACUCUCAAUGAAUGCAUGCAUAUAAACAUACUUGUGUGCGUGCGUUUAUCAGAAAGCAUCGUGAAAUAAGAGCAUAAUAAACAACAUUUGUAUAGCAAAGAUUGUGUUCGAAACGGAGAAUACCGAGGCGAAUAUGUUUCUCAUCAGUUCGAGGGAUUUUUUUUUCCUUAUUUCUUUCUUUUCCUCAAUGACGGAAGACGUAACCGUCGCCUUUACCAUUAGAUAAUGAGUUGCGAUACACAAUAGUAUUUAAGUCUAUUUGGGUGGCUGCUGGCUACUGCUGCUGGACGCAGCGGAUUCUGUUUUUAUUUUUCUUAGUUACACGAUGCACCUGCACGCAAGGAAACUUUAUUGAAAAAAAAAAAAAAAAAGAAAUGUGGAGAAAAACGAGAAUACACGCACGAGUUCAAGGGUGUGCGAGAUGAUUUGUAACCGCAGGGAGAAGCGGUGCUAAUACGUGAAAACAAAUAUAUAUAUAUGUUAUAUAUAACGAACCGUACAUCGUUUUAAAAAGAGAAAGAGUUAAGGGAGAAUAGCACGAAAAAUAAUACGUCGCUACGGAAGAAGAAUUUUGGCGACGAAAAAUCGCAGACACUUGUUGUAACAACAUUUAGAAAAACGCCACGCGAAAGAAGCGACGACGAGGGGAAUAAAAAAAAUGUCGAGCGAGCGGUCACCCGCAAAGGCCAGCGGAUAACUCUUGCGACGGGAACUACCUUCGUCGAAGCUUCGUGUCGUUGAGAAAGCGAAUUAGGUUAGCCAAGUUCACCAGCGUAUUAAACGCUGGAAAAAUUGAAACAACGAGAACGAAAUUAAUGGGAAAUAUUUAAAGAAAUGAUAAAACACGUUGAGGAGGAACGUUUCGUGGGACUGUGACGAGGCAAAUUUAAAAUCAUGGAAAUUAAUGCAAAAAGGGGUUCGAGGGUCUGCCUUCGGCGAGCAGGAAAAGAAUAUCAGCCAAUAAAUAUGUUACACGAAAAAACACAGAGACAGACAAAAAAAGAAUGAAAUGAUUACUAAAAAAUAAGAAGAAGCAACAAUUUGUACAUUCCAUAAUAUGAGUUUGUUCGGUCGAAAACGCGAGAAGCGCGUCGUAUUAUUGUCCCGGAAGGAACACGAGGGAGCCGUUCUCUGGAUUUUUUGGUCACUCGAAAAAUCCGAGAAUGCGUGUUCACAAUGUUUGGAAGGAGAAACGAGACAAAGAAGAAAACGAUUAACGAUCGCAAAAUCCACCGUUCCGAUUGUCUGGGAGCUGACGAUUGGUCCAGUCUGAUUUUCUCGUUGAAUCGUCCAUGCAAAAGCUUCGAUUUCAAAUGCAACUUCGUCUUCGAUCCGACUUCAACGAGACUGGCAAUAUUUGGAGAACAAAAAGAGGCUUUUUUCAUGGGACAAAAGGCGACCUCUCGCUGCGCUUUAUCGACUGUGCAGUAUCUCCUUGAGAACACUGGGCUCAACGUAUAGCUGCAUUUCCGGGCGAGAGAACGAGACAGAACGAGAUGACGGGACAUGAGAGAAUGAGACGCAGAGAAAGAAAGCACACUCGUGAGCAUCGAUCGAUCGUUUAAAAGGCGCCUAAAGAGGGAGGUAAAAAGAAACACGGCGGAAUACGAUUAAUCGUAGCUUUACCUGAGGUCAAGCAUAUCACACGCGUUGAUAAACGAGGACAUUUCGAUGAGGUCACACACACACACACACAUACACACACACACAACGAAACAGCUCAAUAUCUCCCCCGAAAAUGCUUCUAUAACGAAACACUACGUAUUAAAAAAAAAAAACGAACAAACAAACAAAAGAAACACAAUUUCGAAGAGCAAAGACGAAAUAACUUGAUGGGGAAAAAUUGGACUCCCGGAUCAAGAUCUCAAGGAUUUUUCUUUUUCUCAACUCUCUCGAGAAAAAGAAGAAUUGUCGUAAGGGACGCGACUCUAUUGAUCUAAAGAUGAAGACCAUACUGGAAGAUGAGUAAAGAGAGUUUUGAACGGCAAAUCAUUCGAAACAAAAAAAUGAAUAAACCAACGUCUUCGAGGCAUCGAAGAUAUCGAGCAGCGGUGGUGGCGGCAGUGGAUCCUUUUGUUUUUCGCGAUGGGAACUAACAACUUGGGCUUCCGUUGCAUGUGCAUGUCUCGGUUCUCACUUUAUGCUCGACAGCAGAUAAGUUAUCCAAAAAGCGAGAGAGAGAGAGAGAGAACAAAAAAAUUCAACUGUCUCUAAAUCCUCAUGAAUAUCGUCUUAAAGAUAAUAAUCUCGUUCAACAAUCACCUCUUUUAACGACUUUCGAAUCGAAAAGAAAUCCCCCAGAUAUACAUGUUACCGAUGUGAUUAUAUACAUAUGUCUUACAUCGUACAAUAGAGCGCGUGUGUUGUACAUACCACCUAUUACGCUUCGAGAGCUAUGUAAUUGCACGUUGUUUAGGAGUAGCUUAGGCAUAUAUAAGAUUAUCAGAGACGGAGGGAGGGAGAGAGAGAGAGAGAACAAAAAACAAUGGAAAUAGAAAAGAAGAUAAAUGAUUAAAACUGUGUACCAAAAAAACCCACCCCUCGUUAUAUAAUCGUGAAUGAGAGACCAAAAGCUGAACGAGAGUGUGCAAUGUAGAGAAACGUUUUAGCGAGUGAAAACAAAAAACAAACGAAAAAAAAAAACAACAACAACAAAAAAUUAUAAUAGAGAACGAAAGAGUUGGGGGUACUUGAAAGGAGAUAAAUAAUAAGGGAAGACGAAUACUUGUAGAAAAAGUGAGAAAGAGAACGCUGCCGCUGCCACCCCCUUAUUACAAUCCUUAUUGAAAGAAAGAAGAAAAAAUCCCCCGUCCCAAAGAGUACUCUAUCUUCCAGUGUUACUAGUAGAUUCAUUGUUGAGCGCUGAAAGUGAUACUGAUCAAUAUUAUUUAUGUUAUGAUUCGUCCUCGAUGUUACAGAAAGAAAAGAAAAAACAAACAAACAAAGAACCGUGUUUAAUAAAAAUUUAAUUUGGACAAACACCAUAGACCUCUUUCAUCUCCGAAAAUAGUCCUCUGUGUAAUGCAAUAUCGUUAGCAUUUUAUAUUAUAAUAAAAGAAACGAUGUUGUGUCA